AUGGAAAAAUCACGCUCCACUGGCUUAAAAAAGCUCUGCAGCUACCAUGGAUGCUUGAAUAACUCAGUGGACAAUACUAAUUUAACGUUUUUCGCCUUUCCAAAAGACGAAGCAAGGCGCGGUGUGUGGCUACAAAAUGCGGGAAUAACACUUGCUGCAGGAGAUACCAAAACCGCUCGUUUUCUGUGUGAGGUCCACUUUUCCGACAUCUACUUAUGUCGCAGUCAAAGGCGUACUUUGCUGUUGCAGACCGCUACACCUUUUGUAUGGACCAGUACGCUGGAGAGUACGGCAGACAAUUUCGACCCAAUAGAGUCGAUGGCUUCUAACAAUGAUCAUGAGCAAGAAGAUGACAACAAGGAACACUUUGAAACCAUUCCAGUAUUGGACGAUUCUCUUGAAGAAGAUGAACCAUUGGACGAAGUCAAUUCAGCGAACGACGAGUGGACAAUGGAAUCUCAGCCAGUGAAAUUGGUUCCGGUGACGAUAGCCCGCAAGCGAAAGAAUACUAUCGCCAAAAUUGUCGAAAUGCAAGCGAAAGUAAAGAAAACUGUUUCUCCAUUGUCUAGUAUCGACAAGCAACCCAUAACAAUACAAAUGAGCGAUGGGACAAUUUUACGCAAAGCACGAUUGGUUUGUGCCAAAAUCGGGCAAACCCAGAUACAGAUCCCAACUGCCAGUGUUGAAGAACAUAACUCAUCGGUGGUCUUUAGUCCAGCAUCCAAAUCAGUUGCUAAAAUCCGUCAAAACCAUACACAAAGCCCAAUUAUCAGUGUUGCAGAUAAUAAACCAUCAGGAACCAUCCCAGCUUCCAAACCAGCUGCUCAAAAGUCUCCAGCAACAUCUUCAACAAAGUCUACCGAAUUAAAGGCCGAUACCUACGCGGAGAUAAAGAGCAACGACGAACUGCCAGUGAAACAAGAGCAAAUAAGCGAAUUCAUAUUCAAAGGGGAAGAAUACGUGCAAAUGCCCAAAGCCGUGUACAACAAGAAACUGGAAGUAUUAAACCGGAAAGUAGCCCAUUACGAAACGAUCAUACAAAUGAUGCGUGACGUUAUGGGUCAAGCAAAUGAUUACAAUCUCCUCGACAGCUAAUUGUUAAAUUAGUAAACUGUAAUAUAUAAUACCUUUAAGUUUUUAAAAUCGUGUUUUUCAUGCUUUUAAUUCAUAAAUAAGCGAAAGCUUGCGGAAUCGGAAAGCAGUGAUCUGUGGGUGUUCCAUUACUUCAUGCCUUCCUAUAGCCAUCCAAUACGAGAGUCAAUAGAAUCAUCUUUGGUUUUUUAAGUCUAUACUUGAGAUAUAACUGCCGCUUUUUGCAUGAGAGAUACGAUUAAA